GCUGUGUGGCCUGCGCACCCUGCAGCCCUAUGCCGAGAGGAUCCCCGUCAUGGCCACCGCCAGCAUCACCAUCAACUUCACCUCUCAGAUCUCCCUGACCGGGCCUGGCGUGCAGGUGCACUACAGCGUGUACAACCAGUCAGAUCCUUGUCCUGGAGAGUUCCUCUGCUCUGUGAACGGACUCUGUGUGCCCACCUGUGAUGGGGUCAAGGACUGCCCCAAUGGCCUGGACGAGAGAAACUGCGUUUGCAGAGCCACAUUCCAGUGCCAAGAGGACAGCACCUGCGUCUCACUGUCCAGGAUCUGUGAUGGACAGCCUGACUGUCUCAAUGGAAGUGACGAGGAGCAGUGCCAGGAAGGGGUGCCCUGUGGGACGUUCACCUUCCAGUGUGCGGACCGCAGCUGCGUGAGGAAGCCCAACCCGCAGUGUGACGGGCAGCCCGACUGCCCAGAUGGCUCGGACGAGCAGCACUGUGACUGUGGCCUCCAAGGCCCCUCUGGCCGCAUUGUGGGCGGGGCCAUGUCUUCGGAGGGUGAGUGGCCAUGGCAGGCCAGCCUCCAGGUCCGGGGCCGACACAUCUGUGGGGGCGCCCUCAUCGCUGACCGCUGGGUGAUCACGGCAGCCCACUGCUUCCAGGAGGACAGUAUGGCCUCGGCAGCACUGUGGACGGUCUUCCUCGGUAAGGUGUGGCAGAGCUCGCGUUGGCCGGGCGAGGUGUCCUUCAAGGUGAGCCGCCUGUUCCUGCACCCGUACCACGAGGAGGACAGCCACGACUACGACGUGGCCUUGCUGCAGCUGGACCACCCCGUGGUGCGCUCGGCCGCCGUGCGCCCCGUCUGCCUGCCCACGCGCUCCCACCUCUUCGAGCCGGGCCUGCGCUGCUGGAUCACAGGCUGGGGCGCCCUGCGCGAGGGCGGCCCCACCAGCAAUGGCCUGCAGAAGGUGGACGUGCAACUGAUCCCCCAGGACCUGUGCAGCGAGGCCUAUCGCUACCAAGUGACACCCCGCAUGCUGUGUGCCGGCUACCGCAAGGGCAAGAAGGAUGCCUGCCAGGGCGACUCAGGUGGUCCGCUGGUGUGCAGGGAGCCCAGUGGCCGCUGGUUCCUGGCAGGACUGGUCAGCUGGGGCCUGGGCUGUGGCCGGCCCAACUUCUUUGGUGUCUACACCCGCAUCACAGGCGUGAUUGGCUGGAUCCGGCAGGUGCUGACCUGAGGAGCGGGGGCCCACCUCCUGGACUCAGGAGUGCCCGGGGCACCCAUCAGGAGGGGGAGCGAGUAUCCCGGGGCGGGAAGGCCCUGCGGAGGCAGGAGGUGGCUUCCCGUCUCCCUGGCUACUUUGUGACUUUGCCCCAGAGAGGGCACAAGGAGGGAAAAGGGCCCUCAGCUGGGGGUCGAGACUUCCCUGGAGGGCCGGGGGUGGCCGCCAGCCCCAGCUGGUGGCUUCACAUCCAGACUGUCCCCUCCUGAUUCUCUCUCCUCCUUCCCCUUCCUCCACUGCUGACUUUGUGGGGAGAAUGGUUCAGCAUCGAGAAUACGGCCUCCAGGUCCCAGUAGGAGUGUCUGAGCCCCCUCCCCACUCCCAGUGCAGAGGCUGCUUGGGCAGCACCCUCUCCAGGGGGCAGAUUCCAGCCCAUGAAGCCCCCAGCCUAACUUGAAGGGGUUGGGGGCUCAGAGCCCUGGAGACAGCCAAGAGGGCCAGCUGCCACCAUGAGCCAAAGGGCAGGGGUGCUCUGGGUCCAGGGUCCUCAUGCCCCCAUCCCCUGACCGCCGGCCUCCAUUGCCCACUCUCGCCUGGAGGUGAGCUCAGCUCCCUUGUGGAAUAAAGCCAUCUUGUCUGAGACCUAGCUCUGGGGAUUGAAUGGGGCCCCAGGCACCGACCUCAGCCUGUUCGCAAGCGCCCUAAAGGCAGGUAGGGGCAGUGGAGGCCCGGGAAGCCUCCAGGCCAGCUGUCCAGGUCCCAGGGGCUACCCUGGGAAGGAAAUGGUUUGGUGACCCUCGGGUCAGGGUGAGGGAUGAGGCAAGCGACGGGGUCGUUCGGGAACCUUGGAAGGGAGCAGACUCAGCAAGGGGCGGCCAU